AUGGCAUAUUCGGGCGAUCUGCUCUGGGUCCACCACGACGCCCAAAACCGCAAGGCGGGACCCCAUCGCCAUAAGGUUUUCUCGCACAUCCAAUCGGGUUACCACAAGUGGCGGCGAGUCGAGGCUGCACGGUCGAUGAGGAAGUCUGUGGUGAUCCCACGAUUACAAAGCGCAGCGAGCCAGAGAAGGCGAGAUGCCAAGGGCGUCCCAACGAAGGAAGAGGAGGAUAACGUCGAGGACGACCAAGACGAAGACGAAGACGAAGACGAAGACAAGGAGGUCGAUGGCUACCAUAGUCAGCAGACGCUCGUCAAGCCCGAGGCAGCGCACCAACGGCCCGUCCAGAGCAUCGUCGCAUUCCGGGGCAAUUCUGACCCCUUCGACUCCACGCCGGUCCCGGUCACGUCGCGCAUCAACGAGAUCAUGAACUUUGAGCGGCGAUGUGUCUUCCCCGUCAUCCAAGGCCCCGGCCUGCGUCUCCAGGCACAGAGCAAGGGCAACAUCCUCCCGUCGUGGUCGUCGUUCGCAUCUGACUCGCUUUGCGAUAACAUGACCGCCCUCGCCUUCCUGUCGACGCCCUUGACCCUGAUGGCCCAAUCUUCUCCAGACUCUUCCUUCCUCAAACUCUCGCUGGUGCAUCGAUACAAGGGCCUGAAUGCGCUGCAGAUCUACGUCCGCGAGCACGGCCAGCCGCCCUUGCAUGUCCUGAUGCACUUCCUCGUCGCCGAGAUCUGGGCGGAUAACUGCGACGACGCACUGGCCCACCUCCGCAUGGCCAAAGUCAUCAUGGAGUCCCAGAUGCGGGAGAACAUCGGUGGCAUCGUCCCGUACAAGUGGAUCAGCGUGUUCCAAAUGGACAUUCACCGCGCCGCGUUGUCGCUGUCGCGAACCCUGCUGCCUAUGGAUGGAUGGGGCACGAUCCCCUUCGAAGUGACGAUGCCCAUCUUGGAUGUCUACGUGGACCCGUGUUUGAAGGGAGCGCUUCGUGCCCUGUUUAUCGAACUGCAGCAACUGGACGCCCUGUACGAUUUCUUCAUCGGUGAUCCCACGCCGUACCCGACCGCCUGGAACUUCAUGCGGAUGCGGACGCUGGUGCUGAUCGGUCGGGCUAUUAACCACGCCAUCGACGGGCGCGAUGUCUCCGCGAGUCUGGCACUCGCCUACGUUCUCAAACUCGUCAGUGCGCUGGAGAACAUCCCGGUCGGGGCGACGGCGAUCUACAACGCCGGGCACAGGAUGCUGGGUCGCGUCCGGUCAUGUCUCGAUGUGGAGAUCCUGCACCCGCGCCUGAGGCUGUGGAUCUUGUACGUCGGCGCCUUGAGCGGAGACGAAUGGUUCACCCGCAGGUUCGACGAACAGACAGUGCUCAUGGGCGUCCACACGUGGGAGACGUGCAAGGGUAUCCUGUCCAAGUUCUAUCUGCCCAGGGACGAACCUCAAGUACACUUUCACGCCAUCUUCGACGCCCGGUUGAGCAAGAGGAUUCGCGAGCUGGCCACUGCUUUCCAAGAUGUCAAGCUGCAAGGUGAAUAA